CAAAUCUCUGCUGGGCCCACAGCAUCCUCCGAUCCUCAUUUUCAUCCAUUUAAACUAGCUCACCUUUUCCUCAACAAACACCCAUCAGGCAUCCCCUCCUGCAAAUCUUUCUCUGAAUUGUGGGUCUCCGGCAAUGGCGCUCGCUCCAUCGAAGAUUCUGGGCACCCAGCUCAACUUCGCCGGCUCCUCCCGCUACGCCACCGCAGCGCCCACCGCGGGGGCUCAGAAGAUUGUCUCCCUCUUCAGCAAGAAGCCUGCCCAGAAGCCAAAGCCCGUUCCUGUAUCGUCCUCUUCUCCAGACAUCAGCGACGAGCUCGCCAAGUGGUAUGGUCCUGACAGGAGGAUCUACCUGCCAGAUGGUCUCUUGGACCGCUCCGAGGUGCCGGAGUACCUCACCGGAGAGGUCCCUGGAGACUAUGGCUACGACCCUUUUGGCCUGGGCAAGAAGCCAGAGGACUUCGCCAAGUACCAGGCCUACGAGCUGAUCCAUGCCAGAUGGGCCAUGCUCGGUGCCGCUGGCGCUGUCAUCCCAGAGGCCUGCAACAAGUUCGGCGCUAACUGCGGCCCUGAGGCCGUCUGGUUCAAGACCGGCGCCCUGCUCCUGGACGGCAACACCCUGAACUACUUCGGCAACAGCAUCCCCAUCAACCUGGUGGUGGCCGUGAUCGCGGAGGUCGUCCUUGUCGGCGGCGCCGAGUACUACCGGAUCAUCAACGGACUGGACCUUGAGGACAAGCUGCACCCUGGUGGGCCCUUCGACCCGCUGGGCUUGGCCAGUGACCCCGACCAGGCCGCCAUCCUCAAGGUGAAGGAGAUCAAGAACGGCCGGCUCGCCAUGUUCUCCAUGCUCGCCUUCUUCAUCCAGGCCUACGUCACCGGCGAAGGCCCCGUCGAGAACCUCGCCAAGCACCUCAGCGACCCCUUCGGCAACAACCUGCUCACCGUCAUCUCCGGCGCCGCCGAGAGGACGCCCAGCCUGUGAGGACGCACGGACGCCACGCUGGAGAGCGAUGCCAUGUCAUGCGCUGCUGAGCUGUAUGUGAGGGUCUGAAGAAUGUGCCAUGCCCAUGCGUGUAAAUUACCAAGAGGGGGAAGAAUCCUUUUCAUUCUGAUCUCUGAUAUGAUUGAUCUGCUUCAAUUUGUGCCUGAGAUGUGCUACUUACUUAAGUUUUUGGAAGUUAAUUAGUUCGUGCGCGUCUGA